GCCAGUGCCAGUGCAGCCAGGGCUGCAUCGCCAUCAAGAACAUCUGUGGCAGAACAAAUAAAAAAAAGGAAAAUACUCGCUGUGUAUUUUCGGAAUUUAAUUUGGCAACUUCCCCCCUCCGAAUUCAGCGACUUGGCCUGCUCGCACCGCCUGGACACCUGCUACUGCAGUGCUCGCAACAUGGACCACCACACGUACGCCAAGAGCGGAUCCAAGAAGUGGUCCGCGGAAGAGAAGCGCAACCUGGUGGUGCAGCGGAUCGCGGCGGACGAGCUCUUCUCCCGCUACUCACCGAAGCACGCGGAGCCAUGGAAAAAAUUCAAGGAAAUGGCCAAGAUCGGCGAUUUCAGCGAGAUUGCGCUACGCAAGCAGUGGUUCUCCAUGGUGCAGCGGUACCGCAUCCACAAGGCCAACACACUGGGCGUCCCACUCAACAAGCAGAGCAUCGAGGAGCUGAACAAGGAAUGGGAGUUUUUCGGCCUCAUCCACGCCUACAUGAACCAGAAGACCGCCGACCUGCACUCGUACGCGCUCAAGGAGCCGAAUGUGGAGCAGCCGAACAAUAACCUGGCCAUCGCCAGUGUCUACUCCUGCGACGAGGCGCAACUCUCGCCACUCAUGCUGGGCGUGCUCAAUGACCACAACUUUGGCGAACGCUCGCCGCCCAACGGAUGCGACACCGAUGACAUGGACGAGUCCAACACGUCGCCCUGCCACGGGAACAGUGGCCACAGCAACAACGAUGAGCUGGACAGGCUGCUGGCCGAGGCGACGGCGCGCAAGGAUGCGGCAGUUGGCGACGGCGAGGAUGUGUGCAUGCUGAGCAACACCAACUGCCACGAAAUGGAAUGCGGCCCGGUGAUGAUUGGCGGCGAGGUGUCGCUAUCCAACAGCAGAUACAACGACUUCGAGGAGGCGACAGUGCCCACGGCAACGGCUGUGAAGAGCGAGAAGCCGGAGAAGCCUAUCCCGAAGGCGCGUAAAUUGUUAAGGAAACACCAUCGCAAAGGUCUCAGCGAAAAGGAGAAGUAUUACAGGCACCGCCGUCGCUACGAGCAGCGAAUGGAGAAGCGUCUGAUGGGACUGUGCACCGUGGUGGGACAACUGCUGAAGCAGUUUGCUCCCGACAUGGAUGUCCAGCCACUGUUGGCCCUGGGCAGCGAUGUGACGCUCAGCUCGCCAGCGCCAAGCAGCAGUGACGAGGAGAGGAGCGAGGUUCUGGAGGAGACGGAGGAGGAUCAAGAGCUCCAGCAGGAGCAGCAGCAGAUGCAGCUGGAGCUGGAGCAACAGAAGCUGGGAGUCGAGGCCGAUGCCAUGACACUCAGAGUCUGAGCGAACGCAUCCGAGUGCUUCUCUGGUCGGUCGCCUGCUUGUUUCAGGGUUCAAGUGCAAGUUCCUAGCUGUGUUGCUUCACAAUCAACAAACAAAAUAUCGUGUGGGCUCUCAAAUGACUCCCACCACUGCGCUUCGUCGUCAUUACGCGGACAACCGUCCACAGUGAUUUUCCGCUAAAGAAUAGGGCGUGCACAGCGCCGCAUAGAUAGACACGUACGUUCGUUCAGUGAUAACGAAAGCAUAAUACGUUAAUCGAAAGAACGAAUGUAAACGCAUUAGAUAAACCAGAAAGCAAACC